UUUAGUAGCUGUGGUUUCCUGUUGCUGGCUCCUUGCUCUCAGAGGAGGCAGGUGUGUGGCAUUGCUCAGGUUGUUAGAGUUCCCAAGGGAAACACAGAACAUUUGGAGACAUGUCUGGAUAGCUAAAGCAGUUUGCUUGCUGUUUUUAUUUCCUGCAAGAAAAUGAGCUACAACCUUUUUCUCCUGGCUUUUGUCCUGGGCAUUACUGGAGCUUUUCACUAUGGAUUGCAGGUCUCCAUUAUCAAUUCUCCUGCUGAGUACAUCCAGAGCUUCAUCCGUGAGACCUGGCUGAAGAGAUAUGGCUCCUCUCCCAGUGCACAGAUGAUCACUUUGAUGUGGUCCUUUAUUGUGUCCAUUUACAGCAUCGGUGGGCUCCUGGGCUCCUCCUCUGCUGGCUACUUGUCUGUUAGAUUUGGAAGGAAGAAGGCCAUGCUGCUUGCCAACAUCCCUGCUCUGCUGGGCGCAGCUCUGAUGGGACUCAGCCGGCUGUGUGGAUCUUUUGAGAUGAUCAUUGCUGGAAGGUUAUUUUCUGGAGUCUGUGGAGGUUUAGCUCAGAAUGUCCAUAUCAUGUAUGCUGGGGAGUGUGCUCCAAGGAAGCUCCGUGGGCUGAUUGCCAUAACAGCUUCCACCUCCAUUGCUGCUGGAAAAUUUGCGGGAUUUGCUCUGGGGCUCAGAGAAGUUCUUGGAGUGGAGGCUCUCUGGCCAAUUCUCCUGGCAGCCAAUGCAGUCCCUGUCCUUGUUCAGCUUCUCACCCUCCCCUUCUUCCCAGACUCUCCCCGCUACCUGCUCAUUGACCAAAAGGACAAGGAGGGAUGCAUCAAAGCUGUGAAGCAGCUCUGGGGAGAUGGGGACCAUGUGGCUGAAAUAGAUGACAUGAUGUCAGAGCAGAAAGCCAUCCGUGGGGAGAAGGCCAAGAGCGUUUGGGACCUGCUGAGGGACAGAGCAGUGCGCUGGCAGCUCAUCACUCUGUUCCUCGUUGUCUCAUGCAUGCAGCUCAUCGGGACCAAUGUGGUUUACUUUUAUGCAUACAGUAUCUUUACAAAGGCUGGAAUCCCCCCUACCCAAAUCCACUAUGUCUCCCUGGGGGUUGGGACCACUGAGAUCCUCUCCACAGUUCUGUGUGGCUUCCUCAUUGAGCGCGCAGGGAGGAGGACGCUGCUGUGGAAGAGCUACACGGUGAUGGCCUUGGCUCUAGGGCUCCUCACAGUCACCCUCUUCCUACAGGACUCCUUUUUCUGGGUACCAUACUGCUCUGUUGCACUUGUCUUUAUUUUCAUCAUGAGCUUUGGCAUUGGGCCAGGUGGAGUAGUAUGCCCCUUGAUCACAGAAAUAUUUAUUCAGUCAUACAGACCAGCUGCUUAUGUUUUUAAUGGUGUUACAAACUGGAUCCAGCUCUUCAUCCUUGGACUUGUGUUCCCUUUCAUCGUGGAAGGUCUUGGUAAUUUCUGUUUCAUCAUUUUCCUGGCAUACUGUCUGUCCAUGGCAAUUUUUGUAUUCCUGGUGCUGCCAGAGACCAAAGGAAAGACCAUGCUGCAGGUCAUGGAGGAGUUCAACCGCCUGAACUACCGUGGAAAGAAGGGACAGGCAGCCCCACAGCAGAGUAACUGCUCAGUGGUGACUGUUACUAGGCUUUAAGAACAAACCCUCCACUUCAUAUUUUGCUCUUUUAUUACUGUAGUGCCCAGUAGUCUCACUAAGCAAGAGAGAAUCCAUAGAUCCACAAAAAAAUCACCUUCAGUACAGGGUGCAGCAUAAACGUGGUGGUUCUCUCCAGCUCCUGAAAUAUGAGAUGAAUUAAUUCCUCUGCAGAAAAAAAUCAAACACAGUUUAUAGAGAAAAUAUGAUCUUUGUCAGUCCCUCCAAGCUUGCAGUUGUAAACUGAAAACACAGGAUCUGCUACUUGCUUGACAAAACCAGGACUCCACAGUUGGGAAAAGUGAUUCUGGAAGGUCCAGAGGUGCAACAAACUUGCAGAGAGGACAGAGCUUUGACACUGAAAUGAUCUGCCCUUAUUAACAAGUCAGUGCCAAUGAGCUUUCCCAGAGAAGAAGCUCCAGUUCACAGGAAGUGUUUAAGUCUUUAAGCCAGUGAAAGAAGAGUGCCUUGCCUAGCAGAAUCUAUAUGCAAUGUUCCCCAAUUUAUGAUCUUUACAAUAUUUUUGUUUACAGUCUUGGAGAUUCUUUCAUUGGGAAAAACAGGGAUAUGUCAGCACUGAAAGAAAGCAAUGAGCAAAGAAAGCAGAGCAGCAGGAAAUAAUGAGUGGGCAAAUCCAGUGUGCAGAUUCUCCUUCCUCACUGGCAAUGGCUGUGCAGUGUCUCCUCAGCCUGGAGAACACUGGGUUUCAGUGGGAUUGAGCCCUGACAGUAACUGGGACUGACGAGACAGAGAAAAGGAACACCUCUCCUGGAGAAUUUAAUCCAUAUGUGUGACUGCUUCUCUUUCCAGGUCUCUGAAUACUUCACAUUAUUUUUUCAUUAUAUAACCUGGUAAAAACAUUUUCAUAUUUGUGUUCACUGCUAUAUGACAUGAGACUUUUUGGUCUUUUUGCUUUACAGUUUUCUGGAAAGGAAAUAAAAAGCAGUGACUAGGAAAACUCAUCCUUCUGAUUGUGCCUAGAUUGAUUUCAUUGAAUGAAGAGUCAGGGACAAAGGAGACCCCAUCUUCUGGGGUGGUGUUGUUGGGGUCAAGGAAUACUGUGUCUGUCUUGUUCUGGAGAUGAGAUCUUCACUACCAACUGAUGCAGAUGCUGUACAAUAAAUUUUGCAAAAGGAUCUGAA